AUCCUGCCGGAAAUCUAAAAGACACCGGAAAUAGAGUGGCCAUGAAAUGUUAAAUGUUCUAGUCAUUUUAGUGUUGCUUUUGCUGGCGGGUCCGCGAGGUGGCUCGGAACCUUUCCUUCCGGGGCUCUGUGGCGUCCGCGGGCGGAAGUCGCGGCCCGGCGGGCCGUGCGCACAGCUCUCUGUGCGGUGCAGUGAGGGACUGCCAGUGUCUCAGAGCUCCUGGACCGCUGAAAUCAUUCAGGCUUCAGGAUCUCUUGCUGUGCCCCAGGUAGCCUUGUUCAGCAUCUGUAACUCUUGAGGAAUUUGGUUCUGCUACGAAGAAACAUCAAAACUAGAAGCUCAGAGUGGACAUGGCUGCGGAUACGAAUUUCCAGCAGAAGAUCCAGCCAUUGGGUGCAGAGGAGCAGCGUGGGGCCUGUGAGAGAUGGAUGUCCUUUGAGGAUGUGACUGUGGACUUCAGCCAGGAGGAGUGGCAGCACCUGGACUCCGCCCAGCGACGUCUGUACCAGGACGUGAUGCUGGAGAUCUACAGCCACCUCUUGGCAGUGGGAUACCCCAUUCCCAGCCCUGGAGUCAUCUUUAGGAUGGAAAAAGGAAAGGAGGCACAGGCAGGGAAGAUUGAAUUCCCAGGCCAGCAGUGUCCAGAAGACUCAGAAAUUGAAACCUCACCACGGAAAGUAUCUGAGAAAGCUUCAGUUCAUAGUGAUAUGGCCAGCGAAGUCUCAAGAAAUGGUUUGUGGUGUUCACUUUUGCAAGAACUAUGGCAGGAUUCUGAUACUGCUACAAGAGAUAAACAAAGCCAGAUUCUACCCUUGCCUCCUGGCACCUUCCUUAAGAAAACUCUGAGCACAGAUAGUGGACCUGAAUAUCAAAAGCCCAGGGAAACCAUUCCUUUGGGACCCUACCUCAUUUCUACACAAGGGAAUCUUCCACAAUAUUGCUUGCUUCCAAAAAGUUUGGGGCUAAACUUCGGAGCAAAUGGUCAGAAUGAAAGCAGUGUCACCGAGCAGCUUAUUAACAUUGUCGCAUCCAGUCAGCUCCUGAUACGAGGCUCUUGUAAUGCUAACUGUGUGGCUGCUCAUGGAGGAGAAUCGUGCCGAAGUACUGGGAAUGGAGAAGUUCUCAACUAUCAACAACCACUGGUACAUGAAAACCAUUCUCAGGAGAAAGCAGAUCAAGGCCCUCGGUGCGGGGAAGUACUCUAUGCCAUAUCUUUGCCCAAACCUGAGAUCACUCUCACUUUGGACAGACCUCUUGUUUCGUUCAGUGGUGGGAAGGCCUUCCUUUGUGUGUCAGAUUCAUCGAGUUAUCCAUUCCAGCUGAAGGCGGAUCAUCCACUUCACAUUGGAGGGGAGCCUUACAAAUGCAGCCGCUGUGAGAAAACCUUUGGUACUAAGGCUGCGCUCCAAGAGCAUGAGCCAGUUCACACAGAGGAGAAACCGUCUGUGUGCACACUGUGUGGAAAAGCCUUCAGAGACAGGUCAGCUCUCUAUGAACAUGAGUUGAUCCACAAGAAUCACACGCCUUUUAUCUGUGACAAAUGUGGGAAGGCCUUCUUACGUAAGUCAGAGUUGAUGUCCCAUAAGCAAAGUCACGAUGGAGAGAAGCCUUACAAAUGCAAUGACUGUGGAAAGUCCUUUAAAUUUCCAUCCCAGCUGAAGGUGCAUCGUCAAAGUCACACGGGCGAGAAGCCUUACGAAUGCCACGAAUGUGGAAAGUCAUUCAGCAAAACAGCCAAGCUCAAGGUGCAUCAGCGGAUUCACACAGGAGAGAAGCCUUAUGUGUGUUCUCAGUGUGGAAAGGCCUUCAACCAGAAGUCAAUACUAGACAGACACGAGAAGCUUCACCCUGGGGAGAAGCCUUACAGCUGCAGGGAGUGCGGCAAGUCCUUUAAUUACCCGUCCCAGCUGAAGGUGCACUGCCACAGCCACACCGGGGAGAAGCCUUACAAAUGCCACGAGUGUGGGAAGUCCUUUAACUUUCCAUGUGAACUGAAAGUACACUAUCAGAAUCACACAGGAGAGAAGCCUUACAAAUGCCGCGAGUGUUGGAAACUGUUCAGUAAAAUGUCCCAGCUGAAGGCACAUUCUCGUGUUCACACAGGAGAAAGACCUUACAAAUGCAGCCACUGUGGGAAAGCCUUCUCCACCAAGGAGCAAGUCCAGGAGCACGAGCGGAUUCACACGGGGGAGAGACCCUUUGUGUGCACCGAAUGUGGGAAGGCCUUCAGUAGCAGGUCAUCUUUUCGUAAACAUCAGUUAAUUCACACUAAAGAGAGGCCUUUUGUCUCUCAGAAAUGUGAGCCGGGCCUCCAGGAGUCCACUCUGACAUCCCCCCAGCAGCUUCACAUUGGCGAGAAGCCUUACAAGUGCCCCGACUGUGGGAAGCUGUUUAAUUAUCCGUCCCAGCUGAAAUCCCAUUAUCAGAUCCACACGGGAGAGAAGCCCUGUAAAUGUCCUGACUGUGGGAAAUCAUUUAGUAAAACAUCUCAACUGAAGGCGCAUUCUCGAAUUCACACAGGGGAGAGGCCUUAUGUGUGCUCUGUGUGUGGAAAGGCCUUCAAACAAUUGUCAACACUGAGCAGACAUGAAAAAAUUCAUCUGCUUGAGAAGCCUUACAAAUGCAAUUUUUGUGGGAAAUCAUUUUGUUCUCCAUCUGAACUGAAGGUGCAUCUUUUAAUCCACACGGGAGAGAGACCUUACAAAUGCAGCAACUGUUGGAAAGCCUUUUGUACUAAGGUCCAACUCCAAGAGCAUGAGCGAAUUCACACAGGAGAGAGACCUUAUGUGUGCACUCACUGUGGGAAAACCUUCCGGAGCAGGUCGGUUUUCUCUAAGCAUAAGCUGAUUCACAGGAAGGAAGCGCCUUUCGUCUGUGAGAGGUGUGGGAAAGUGUUCUUACACAAGGCCGAGCUGACGUCUCAUGUACAGACGCACACUGAGGACAAGCCUUAGGAAUGUUGAGAUGGAGCAUGCCAUCAGGUUACACGGUGAAGCCUCUGUGGGAAAGUCUUGCUUCCUAAUGCCCUGCGCCAAUAGCAUGAACAAAUGACGUCACCCGGGAGAGACCCUUUGUGCUCUGAGUGGGGAGCAGCUUUCAGUAGCAGGCUCACUUUCUAGACAUCACGUGUCUCAUGCUGGGGUGUAUAGGGAUACUUUUGAUGAUCUAACAAAUGAAGCUUUCCUGAAAAUCACAGUGCAAAGUUAGCCACACUAGUCAGCCAUAGAGGCCAGGCGGUAGUGGUGCAUGCUUUCAAUCCCAGCACUAGAGAGUGUAAGAUGGGAGGAGACGGGAACUCGCUCUCUUUUCAGUGUGGAGAUUUCAUAGAGGCAAGAGCUCUCUCGUGGCUUGACUGCUUUGUUUUCUGAUCUUCAGGUUGAACCCCAGUAUCUUCUGUGGUCUGUAUUAGUCGUGCUACGAGGGCAAGGCCUUUGUCUCUCAACUCAUAUUGAAGAGAAGGAUUUGGAAUGCCACAGUUGGGAAAUUAUUACUUAUAUCACAGAUGAGUCACGUCAUCAGUUCAUGGGUGGGGAUGCCCUAUGUGUGUUCUGAAUGAAGGAAGGUCCUAAGCAGGACAGAACUCAGCAUAUAGACUACAUGGCUCAUACCACAGGUUUUACAGGUGCAGUUUUAUAGAACAUGGUUUACUGAGAAAAGAGUUCCUAGCUUACUAGUAUAUUCCAAAAUGAAAUUUAUUUCUAUCUACUUGAAGUUCUUUUUAUGGCCAUCAAAUUGCACAUCACCUGAUUAAUAUUACAGAAAACAAAUCUAGUUAUACAUUGCUGAGACAUAACACAUUAUUAUGCAUGAGGAAAGUGAGUCACAGAUUAAUAACAAUAAGCACACUUGUUAAACAUGAAUUUCAUUUCAGGUUAACCUUGACUAAUAAUUUCAGAAGUGUUUCUAUAGAAUAUAAGACACAUUUUACCAAAUUAUUAGAAAGUUUAUGGGAAAUUAAGGCAAUGAUAUUCCCAUUUAUUGUGGGAGUCCAGUAAAAUCCUUAACUACCAGCCAUGGUAAUAGUAGGGUGAUUAUAUAAAUGGGCAUACGUAUGGAGUGUGUGUGUGUGUGUGUGUGUGUGUGUGUGUGUGUGUGUGUACGUACACAUGUGCCUGUGUUUGGUCAGUGCCUGUAUGAACUUGUAUGUAUUCCCACAAUUCUGUGGAAUUUUCCGUAGAAUUAACUGCAUACUAGAAGAGGGCAGUUUAUUAUUAAGCCGUACAUUCAUUUAUUCUGUAUAUAUUUAUGUACACAGGCUGCUAGGUGUAUUGGCUAUCAGAAGAGUCAGUGAUCUCAUAUCAUGUGGAUCCUGGGGUUUGAACUUGGAUUGCCAGGCUUGGUGAUCAUUAAUUACCUUUACCCACUGAAACAUCUUCCUGUAACUAUUAGUUUUACUUUUUAUUAACAGUCUCUAUCUUGAACUUGUACCAUCAAUAAUUAAUACUUUUUUAUUGUACAGGUGUACUUUGAAUAAAUGAACUCUGGGGCAUUUA